AUGAGUGAGAAUGAUGAUUCAUUCAAGAAGGCAGGAGCAGUUCCAUUCAAAUGGGAGAUAAAACCUGGGCUCCCCAAAGCCCAACUACAAUUCAACCACCAGAAGCCGCGUUUUCUGUCACCGGAAUCGCCGUCAUUGAAGCUGAGGCCGCCGCCGGUAGGGCAGUACCCAUUUUAUUCGAUGGAGACCCGGAGCCAGUCCUUCCGGUCUACUCCAAGGAUCCGGUCUGAGCGAUUGCGGUUCGACCGGUCCAUUCUUCUUCGAACCGAGAGCGUGUCUUCUACUACGAGUUGUUUCUUGUCGCCUUUUCUUAAGCGACUACUUAGGAGGAAGAAGAAGGUUCCGAAGCAAGUGGUUGAACCCGAUUAUACAUCGGAGCUAGAAACGCUUCCUCGGUGGUCCUUGUCGUCGAGGAAGUCUUUCUCGCCGUUCCGGAUCUCAACGUCGUCGUCUUCUGUGGCGUCGUCGCCCCGACCCGUGAGCGAUGCUGAAUGGGCCGGGUUCGGUCUUUUUUGA